GCAGUCUCACUAAAAAACCAUGGAACUUUCCCAGAUUAUAUGUUACUAACCAAAUUCAUUAUCAUGAGAAUCACUUCAGCUUCUUCUACGCCAAUCACGCUCGCGAAAGCUCAAGAUUGUAUCUCGGAAUAAUUCAGCGCCAUCACUUUUUACAGUCUCAAAUUAAUUCCCUCAGCUGCCAUCUUCCUCCGCCGCAGGCCUCCUUCUUCACCUGGAAAUUCGCCGACCUUUUUCGCAGAUUGGGGAGGCAAUGGGAAUAGUAUUUACGCGGCUAUUUUCGUCGCUGUUUGGCAACAAGGAAGCUCGGAUCCUGGUUCUCGGUCUUGACAAUGCCGGAAAAACCACCAUCCUUUAUCGACUCCAGAUGGGUGAAGUAGUAUCUACAAUUCCUACAAUCGGGUUCAAUGUGGAAACAGUGCAGUAUAACAACAUAAAGUUUCAAGUGUGGGAUCUUGGUGGCCAGACAAGUAUCAGGCCAUACUGGAGAUGCUACUUCCCCAAUACGCAAGCUAUUAUAUAUGUUGUUGAUUCAAGUGAUACAGAUAGGCUGGUGAUUGCCAAAGAAGAAUUUCAUGCAAUACUAGAGGAGGAGGAGCUUAAAGGUGCUGUCGUCCUCUUAUUUGCAAAUAAACAGGAUCUUCCUGGGGCACUUGAUGAUGCUGCAAUUACUGAAGCCUUGGAACUGCACAAGAUUAAGAACCGGCAAUGGUCUAUUUUCAAAACUUCUGCUAUAAAAGGAGAAGGCCUUUUUGAGGGCCUGGACUGGUUGAGUAAUACACUUAAAUCUGGAGGUGGCUAAGUCUCUGUACGCGAACAUGAUGCCAUUCUUAUCCAUCCUGAGCAAGAAUAUACGAUAGUCACUGCCGUUAUUUGUGUAGAGAUUCGUAUCUGGGGACAGAGCUAUGUGUUGGUGUUUGAUCAAAUAUGAAAUAUCUAGCACGUUUUUUAAUUCUUCUGCUCA